AUGCUGGCCCUCUUGGGGUUUGCCUGCCUCGCGGCUGGCUACUCCAUUGCCGGCUCCGUUGAGCGCAUGUACUUUUACUACGCUUACAAGCUCGACACUUUGACGCCGGGAAAUCAAGUGAUUGCACCGGGCUGCAAAGACUGCAACUUGGAUCAGUUCAUCAAGCACAUCAGCAAGGACAAGAAUAUCAAGGUCUCAAUCUCCACUGAGCCGUUCCCCGAAGUCGUCAAGACUGCCCAGAAGAUUGCCGAUGAGGGUCUGACGGGCGUCAUUGAAAUUGGUCAGGUCGUCAAGGAUGCCAAGAACAACUACGCCAGUCUUCUGCAGAAGGUGGGAGACCGCGUUGUUGGCAAGCUCAGUUCGAGCCCCAAGAGCCCUGAACUUGCCGCCGACUUUGAAAAGGCCAAGGCAGGAGUCUACGAGGCCAUGAAAGGAGUCUACAACGAACGUAUGCGAGCUGCUGUGGAAUCAUUCAAGCCGUUUCCGGAAGAAGCCGAGGCCUUCAAGGUUAUUGAAAAGGAAAAAGGAAGAGGCAAAAGCGUUGAUCUAGAGGCUACAGUCAAGGCCAACCCCGGAAAGACCAAAGCUCAGAUCAAGGCGGCCUGGAACGAACACAUUGCUGGCGGCCAUCAAGAAAAUCUCUCAAAUCUCCAAAAGAGUAUCACGCUGGCACAGGAACUUGUGUGCCCGGCUGGUAGCAGUCGUCGGAUGAUGAAGAGACAGGGCCUGCUCUGCGGAGAAACCAUCAUCCAGGACCAACUGGGGGGUAUCAAGGAGGCAACACCACCCCCCAAAGGCGAUGAGAUCGCGGGUCCCCCCAAGGGUGAAGAGGUCAAGCCUGGCAAGGGGGAGAAGACUCCAUCUGAGCUCGGAAAGUCUGCUAAAUUAGCCGAGGAAAUCUCGGAGAAGGAGUUUGCUGAACUUGCUGCCAAGCGUGGCCUGGACACCCUGGCCAAGGAGAAGUGGCAAAUGUCGCUGUCGGACGUCCGCACCAAGCUCAAGUACGAGCCACUCAAGCCCACGUCUCCCAAGGUGGGUGCCGGCGGCUUCAAGGCGCCCUCGAUCGGCGCGGGUGCGGUUGCGGUCGUGGGCGGUGCCCUAUGGGUGCAUGGUGUUGUUUCUGCCUUUACCCACAAUGUGACGGAGCUGGAUCGCGCUGCCGCGGUGACAGCCAUUGUGCCCUUUGUUGGCUGUGCCGUCGGAACGGCCGCCGCGGCGGAGAAGGGCGACGUGGAUGGACUCGACUCGGCCUUGUGCUUCCUUGGUGACGGGCUCUUGCUCACGCCGGCCUUUCCUGUGGGCAUUGCUAUCCACGUCGUGCGAGCCAUCAUUAGCUUUUUCAAGCCUCCGAAACUGCCUGAACUGGCCGACUUUCAAAGCCAGCGCGAUCAGACCUGGGCUAGAUAUCUGCAGGAUGACAUUUACACCUACAUCUACUCGCACGAAUCGUACUAUGAAGCUACUGGUCACCCGCGACGCUCCAAGGAAAAGACGUUUAGGGAGAAGCUCGAAAGCUCUCUUGCCAUGGAAAAAUUCGCAGUCAUCUCGAAUGGCGCCCAGACCAUUGGCCACACAGAGGCCAGUGCUCAAGACGACCUGGAGGCCGCUGAUAGUCCCGAGAAGAAAGCCGAGAUGGAGAGGGGCGUCCAGAACGCGACAGAGCAACUCCAUGAGGCCAUGUCCAAGGAAAUCGUGCGCCGGCAGCGCAAACUCCUCAUUGACAUGCCCAAGGAAUUGAAGGAGAAGCACGACAUGUCGCUGCAGCCCACGGCCGACCAGUACAAUGCCGAGUUCAUCAAGAACAUCACCACGGAACAGAUGGUCGGAAAGUACAGGACAAUCUACCCCGGCGAUCCCGAGGUGCCCGACUCCCAGCGCGACGAUUCCGGAGAGAUUCGCGCUAAAUUGCGCGGCUUUGGCGACAAGCUCCGCGAGACACCUCCGGCGCUGCCUAGGUACUUUGACCUUGCCUAUAUCCUCGGACAGUCAAGAUCACUGCUCUCUAUUGAAAAUAACACGUUGUCCGUCUCCGAAUACAUCAGAGAUGGGGCCCCAGAAUUCUCAGAGACGCAAGUCCAACUGCACACGAUCCAUCACACGCUUCAGGUCGCACGCCUGCUCAACGGCAAGAUUACCGAAGACGAGCUUUCUACAGUCUCCCCGACCGAGGAUGCCCAAGAUGCCCGCAACGUCCAGACUCUUGUUGCUCUCAAGCUUGGCAGAGUGUACGACGAGCUCAAGUUCAAGUGGGCCAGCCGCCAGUUUCACGGUGCUACUGCUUGGUUCCCCGACCAGCAAAUCAAGGGCGUCAACAAGUUCCUCACGCAGCCGCAGGUCCCUCCUGUCCCUGUGGAGACGGAGGACUUUGAAAAUACCUACACCUAUGUUUCCCUUGUUACCGGGUUGAGCGACGCCAUUGUCGCCACCCUCAGGGACAAUGCGGACGCGCUCGGUAGGGUGCAAGUGGUGAGCGUCGGCCAGUCCAUUAUGGAUCUGGCGGAGCGUCUCAAGGACAUGGUCGGCGAGUCUGACGCUCACUGGGCUGCGGCAAUUGAAGAGCUCAGGAAGAAGGAGGAGGCCGCUGACGGCGUAGCAGAAGUGCCGCCCGCCAAGCUGAAGAGGACCCUGGCCCGUUCGAGCUCUGGCUACCGUUCUGAGAUUGCAGCGUCUAUGCAGUAG